CACACAACAUCCCACUACAGUACACACUCGACCAUUGAGAUCUGGACUUACCCAAAAGUGUCUUUGUGCUACGAGAGGCUGCCUUGCUUUCGUGUAUCACACUUAUUUGCGCCCACUUUGGCCAACGAGACUCGAAGAAUCGAUCAACUGAUUCUCUGCCCGAUACUCCUCAUCCAGGACGCCUUGAUUUCAGUAUUUUCUGGCAUCAAAGCAUUCGGCGUUUCGAGUUCUACUCUAGCCUGUGAAGACAGACCUGUUUUGGGCUAUAUCUUGAGGCACUGCCGGGGCAACUUGCAAAUGUACAGUGCAGAGCAGAGAAGCCCCAUCUAUCAGCCGACUGGAGUCUUUACUUGACGCAUUCCUGCUCGAAAUCAAACAGUGAUCCUAUUGGGGACACGUCUUCUUUCUUCUACAACCAUCCGACUAUCUCGGGCACGCAUCAGUCAACCGUGAUGGGUCUGGGUGGCAAGAAGGCCAAAGCCAAGGAGAAGAAUGGCAAGGCUGGUGUAAAGCAGAAGAUUAAGAAGGGGAAGAGUCCCGAGGUUGCUGAAGUUGUUAAGCCUAUCGAAACCAUUGAGCACACUGAAAUCCAGACAGCAAUCGAGACGCCUUUGCCUGCGCCUGAUAGUCCAGAGCUUGUGCUACAAGAGCCAGAGCUCAGUCAACCAUCUGAGCCAGUAUUUGAGAAAGCCAUUUCAGUUGAAGAUUUUCUAGUGGAGGACACUCCUUCGGCACCUCCAUCGCCUUCAGUAUUUUUAGUGCCUCUAGCAAGAGUUGACAAUGAGGAAGAGCAUGACGAGCAACCAUCUGAGCCCUUGAUUGAGCAAAUUGUCGACAAAGACGACCACUCUCGCGAAGAUCGCGAGGAUCCUCACUUCGAACCUCAGGACAUACAUCGUGAGGAGCAUCUUCAAGAGCAUCGUGACGAACAUCGUGGCGAUCUUCACGUCGAACAGCAAGACGAACCUCGUGAAGAGCAUCGUGACGACCAUCCUGAGAAUUCUCACGUGGAGCAUCAGGUCAAACAUCAGGACGAACGUCGCAGCAACCACCGUGACAUCCACCGCGACAACCAUCGCGCUGAGCGCCGUCGCAGGCAUCGUGCCCACAAGGCUGAGCAGUAUAUUGACGGCUAUCACGACCCAGCAUCUCAGCCCACAACUCGCAGAGGCACCCCCGAGCCUUCAACUGAGGUUAACGAAGGGCACCCAACAUACGAAGAAGCCUAUCCUCAGUAUCCCGUCUACCCAGGCUAUCCAACCUAUCCAACAUAUCCGACGGAGUAUCCAGAGGGAACUAUCGUUGCAUCCCCUUUUACCCCCUUCUCACCUACGCCGGCCCAAGUGCCACUUCCAUCACCAUCUCUAACUGAAGCACGGUUUAUGUCAAGUGCUUCUCCUGAGACCCACUACUAUCCAUACUACCCUCCUGCUCCGCUUCCAUACGCACCGUACGCGGCGCCUGUAUAUUCUGCACCCUAUUAUCACUCUCCCAUUCCGAAAGUUAGCAGUCCACUGGCCCGAUCUCAUUAUUCUUAUAUCUCGCCCGCCAUGUCACCUACCGCUACCCCUCCGCCACCUGCAGCCCCGGCGGCUCCAGCUGCUCCAUCGACUUCAUCAACUCCAAUGCCGCCUCCCUCAAUCUCCCAGGGCUAUCCAACGGCUGUUCACUCUCCUGUCAUGAGCUCAGCGGGUAUGAUCCCGCCUUAUGGCCACUAUACACCUCCUCAGCCAUCAGAGAGUCACUAUAUGCAACGGAGCUACAGUGUCUCCGACCAACCCUACGCUUCAUCGUUCCAAGCCAUCCAAAACCUCAAUCUGAAUCAUCUGAAUGGCCAGGUGCAUGAGAAUGGUAAUAUCUCCCCACCUGAGAAUGAUCAGGAACACAUUGAGCUGCUUCAUCGGAUUCAAUCUGCCAUCCCCGACAUCAACCGCCUUCUCCACGGUUUCCGCCACACCCACACUAGACUCAACAGCCGCGAGGCUGAGAUCAAGCAGAUUGGCAACCAACACGAACAAGCGCUCAUGCACAAGGACUUUUAUAUUGAGGCUUUGCAAUCACAAAUGAAGAAGACUGCCAACGAGAGCGCUGAGGAAUGUGCCAAGCUCAAGAACACCAUCAAUGAGCUGCGUCUGGAACUGGGUGAUCUACAGGAGAAGCAGAAGGAUCUUGAGGAUGGCCUGGCUGGUCAUCAAAAGUCCAAUGAGGAGCUCUCGCAAAGCAAGUCCGAGCUUGAGGCGGAGAUUGAGAAGCUGAAUGCGAGUAUCAAGGAUGCUCAGGAGACGCAUGAGAAGGAGCUUGAGACACAAAAGGAAGAGCAUGCCAAGUCUCUGACCACGCAGAAGCAGGAAUUGACUGAGCUCUUCGAGGAGAUCAAGGCCGAGGAUGAGAAGGCUGCUGCGGAGACUCUGGAGGCUCGGGAGAAGGAGCUGCGCGAUCAGCACGAGUCGUCCAAAGAGGAGUGGGGGAAGGAGAAGAAGUUGAUGGAUGAUACCCUGGAGACUCAACGCGGCGAACUCGAGGCUACGAAGACAGAGCUUGCCUCCAAGAUCGCCACUCUGGAGAGCAAAGAAACCGAACUGGAGACACAAUUGGCCGAGCUCAACACAACCCGCGAGGAAGUUGCCUCCAAGGUUGCGCUGUUAGAAGCGAAGGAGAAAGAAUUGGAGGAAACCCGCCAAAAGAACGCCCAAGAGCUAGAAGCACUUCAGCACGGUCAUGCUGGCGAACUCGACACACUUCGACAAAGUCACGACGAGCAACUCGCCGCCGCCGCUAAGGAACUCAACGAGAAGAUUGCUGCCAUUGAAGCCCACUUCCUGGAGCAGGAGAAACAUUGGGAGGCAGAACGUGCUGCGCUACAGAAGCUUCUGGCCGAGAGGGACGAAGAGUUGAAUAGUGCCGAGCGGGAGAAGGAUAAGCUGGAGGGCGAUGGGCUGGUCAAGGAGCAGCAGCUCCAGCGUGCGGUGGAGGAGAUGCGAUCGACGAUCGACCAUUUGGAUCAGGAUUGUGAUCGACUACGCAGGACGCUGCAGAGUCUCGGUGAGGCAACGGACCUGAAGACGACCAAAGGCGAUCAAUUCUUUGUGGACUGCUUCACCCAACUCUCCUGUCUAAUCGCCGACCUCUCCCACGAACACUUCGCCUACCUCCCCAUCGACCCACCAAAAGACAUCCUCUCCAAAAUCCCCUCCGAAAUCCCCUCGUUCCUCGACAACACCCCGCCAUCUCGCGCCCUCCGCGCCGCCUACGUCCAACACGUCGUCUCCAAAACCCUCACCUACCGCGUCUUCCAACCCUUCCUGUUCACCCUGGGCCGCCGCUACGACAAAGCAGACACCUUCUUCCAAAUGCUCUCCAUGGAUAUUCGCCGUAAAUCCGUCCGCCGCGAAGCUUUCUGGCGUCAGCAAACUCUCAAAGCUGCAUAUACUACCUCCGACGCUAAACAAUCCAUCAAUGUCGCUGCCGCAGUUAUUGUUGACGAAAUCAUCGAUCAUAUUCGUCAUUUCGCGGACCCCCGCCAACUUGAUUCCUUACUCACGGCUGUUCGGAAAAUCGUCAAACUCGCCGCGGAAACAUGGCGCCAUGCUCGUGUCGAGCGCGAACUGGUGUUAGCUUCCUUCCCGGCUCCGGAUGCCGAGGCCAUCGAUAACGAGGGCUGGAAUGAGUACGGUGCCAAGGAGGGGGAGUCUGCUCCCGCGCCGGCGGAUGCUCCCAAGCCAGAACCUAGUCGGCAUGUCGUGCUGCGUACGUUCCCGCGGGUGGUCCGCGAAGCGGCACAUGAAGAUUUUGCAGUCGGUCCGGACCGGGCGAACUCCUGUGUGUAUACGAGUGGGCAGGUGUUGUAUUCGGAUUCGCCGGUGGUGAUGACGCGGUUGCAGGAGUUGGCAAAGAAGUCGACGGAGACGUUGGUUGUUGUCGAAGAGCAGAAGAAGGUAGAGGAGGCUCCGCCGUCGCCGCCUAAGACUCCUAAGGAUAAGGAGGUGAAGGUUGAACCGGCGGUUGUGACUGAGGUGAUUGCGACAGUGCGGAGUUCGACUCCAACGCCUGUGAAGAGUCCGCCUCUUGUUAGAAACUCGGCGCCCGCGCGGACCUCGUCGGUACCGGCGAAUCCUGGAAGGGGGAAGGGGCCGUCUGUUAAGGCUUGA